AUGACUGUGACUCUAAAGUCUACUUCAAAUGGUUAUCGCCCAGCGGAGCCUCCUCUUGAUCACGACUUCCAUAAUGCUUGGGGAACAAUAUACUCGAACAAUGCUUUCGUCAGUGACAAUCGCGCUCGACAGAUGUGGGAAGAGUAUACUGUGAACCCUGGAAGAGUUGAGCAACAGUAUCAUGUACUGCUGAACGAGUAUACCGACCGGUUUCAAUCAUUCUUCAACGGAUAUUGGCCCAUAACAUUUCACGCGCACGUUAGUGAUGUGCUGAUUCCAACCACCGUGGCCAGUCUCAUUCUCAAUACCGCAUCAACAUGUCCACUGGUGGUGGAAGACCCAGCACUAUCCCCGUUGCUCAAGGAUGACCCAGAGCCGGAAAAGGUCCAGGAAUUCGUCCGCAACCUUCUUGGUUGGGAUGAUGUUCACAUCAAGACGCCGAAACUGGCGAUUGUUGACGGAAUAUAUGGGUGCGCUUAUGGGCCCUUGGCACACUCGUCGGACGAGUGGGAAUACAGAAUCAUCGGAUCGGGUCCUGAAUCAUUCUACGUACGUCGAAGCGAUUUUGUGACGGAAGACAUACUGUUGAACAAACUCGUUGAGGCCAAAAAGGAUGGAUGCGUUGCAGUGAUCUGUGAUCUGGUCAACGCGUCGGACGGAUCAGUCUUCCCGCCCGAAUAUUUCCGUCUCUUACGAAAGUGCUGCGAUAAAGCACGCAUAUGUCUCCUUGUUGAUGAAGCAAUGACCGCAAUCCGUUGCGGAGCACCACUGGUUCAUCAGAGACCCGAAUACUUCGAAGAUGGCGGGAUCCAGCCUGACAUGAUCGCCUUUGGUAAAGGCAUGGGCAUCAGUGGUAUUGCGAUAAACUUCGACGGCCUGAUGAUGCGACAUCUCGCUUUCCACAAAGAAGAGCUCAUUCGCCAGUCAAUCAGAUUCUGGCGCUCUAUGGUCACGAGGCCGAUUGCGACACCAGUGUUGAUCGAAGCCUUGGGUACCUUGAAUGUAGCGGCCGCCGAGGAUUGGCCGGCAAGAAGUGAGCAAAUUGGAAAAGCGUUCCGAGAAUUUGUCAUUCGCCAUGCGAAGAACGAUCAACCACCUGGAGAGGAGAUUGUGCGUGGUCUAGGCGCGUUCAUCGCAAUUCCGCGGGAGAUCAAUAAAAAGUUUAAUGCUAUGGCAGCAUUUCGUAGGAGAAGUGCUUGGGCGCGGUGGAUUCCCAAGCUCAAUAGUGCUGCUGCUGUGGAUAGUGAAGCGAUUGAGAGAUAUCUCAUUGGCUCCGAUGCAAAACACCUCCGGCAUGUCAUGACAGAAGAGGCCAAUCAGCUUGGGACGAAACCGCUCUGGUGCUGGAUUUGCGGAAUCGAUGCAAUGACAGACGACUGGUGUCGCACUUGCUUUUUGGGACACUGCGGGGCUGAAGCAUGCGCAAAGGGCUUUAACACUCAUAAGUGUCUAUAG